UAAAGCAUAAUGGCUCCGGGUUCGUUGAGCUCUGUCAGAAGAGUUUACAGAAUGCCAGGCCUUGAUGGCAAGAAAACGCACAGGCAUAAAUAGCAAACCCACAGAGAGCUGGGGUUUAGAUUGGCCUACAACUUUCUAAGUGCUGCUUUCUCUUCAGAGCUCUUCCGCCUUCUACAUUUUGUGCAUCCUUGCACACUUGUUUCGAUGAACUGAGUUACUGAGAGGAUGAAAAGAGGUUUUUACCCUCAAUAACAGCAUUAAAGACUAAACACCAAACGUGGAGUUAAGCAACUAGAAUGAAGACAAUCAUCUUGUUUGGGUUGGUGCUGGGAGCGCUCUCUGCUGCAGGCAAAGUCUUCUUUGGAGAAGUUGGGCAGAAGGUCACCAUGGAGUGUGGUGCCCACAGCUUCAACUCUAAAUUGGAAUGGAGUCAUGAUAUGCUAAUAAUAAGACUCUUGCGUAAAAGUCAUUUGACUUCCAAAGGACAAAGUCCAAUUGCAAAAAGGUCAAAGAUUUUAAACAACAAAGAACUGGAAAUCACCACUGUUAUGGAAACAGAUUUUGGAAAGUUCACAUGUAACGUGGAUGGUGUUUCUUAUAAACACGUUCUGAUAGUGUUUUCAGUCCUGGUUCCCUCUGAUGCUCUAGAGGUUGGCGCUCAUGCUACUCUGGAGUGUUCGGUCAAAAGUCCGGACAAUGCCGCCAAAGUCAAGUGGCACAAACUCAAUAGUUUAGUAGAGUAUUCACAGAAAGUUGAUCUCAAAUCUGCUGAUUCCUCACACAAAGGGAUUUGGCAGUGUAAAGUGUCCUAUGAACAGGAUACAUUCACCAAAAAUAUAACCAUCAAUGUAAAAGAUCCUGUUCCAGAACCAACAACUCCUCCAUUAAAAAACAAAGCCACAAAUUCAAAGAACAGGCAGAAUUCAACUGCCUCUCCCUGGGGUCUGACGUCUUUAGCUCGACCAGGUGGCUCGACCAAGAAUUGGUUUAACGACACGGUAUUUCUGGGACUGAUUUGGUGGAUUUGGGUUGCAAUCGGAGCUGGAGGCCUGGUUGUUAUCAUCCUGAUCGUCGUUGUCAUUGUCGUGUACAAGAGAAACAAAAGAAGGAAGCGAACAUUUCUGAGGAUGAAGAAGGUCCAACUCUCAAGGAAUCCCAAGAUGUACUGCCAGUGUGUGCGCCAAACAGCUGCAGCAAAGCCGCAGCAAGGACGCCGGAGAGAGAAGCCGUCAGCCCUGCCGCUUCAACCUCUGCUGCAGGAGUGACAUGAAAGAAGGAGGAAGGAGAGAUAAAGAGAGAGAGAGGAGGAGGAGGCAGGGAGAUGUAGAUAAAGAGAAAGAUUGAACAGAACAGCAGAGAGUGAAUGCAGCAUGAAUGUAAAUGAGCAUCUGAAUGAAAAUAUAAUCAAAUGUAAUGCUGGCAGCACUUUGAGCUUUUUCAGCAAAUGCUGUACAGGCAAUGAUCUUUCUAAACACCGUAUGCCUCAUGCUGUCUCUGUUUUUUAAACAACCUUCAUGUUUAUCCCUAAUUACCCAACCCUAAGAAUCUAAAAGUUCAAACAUCCGGACUGAGGAGCUCCUGCUCUUCCAUACUCUUAUGCUUAUUUCUCCUCAUUUAUACUGCUUGUUAACAUAUUUUGUCAUUUCGUCUAUGCUCAAACUUGUUAUCUGUUGUUUGUUGUUGGUUGUAAAUAAAGAUAUUGAAAUUUUGCUUCAAA